AUGGAGUUUGGGAAUAAAACGCGAUACUUAAAAAAAAGUGUAUUUUAUCGGAAACUUUUAAAUGGAGAACAACAGCUUAGAAAAUUUUUAAUUUAUUCUCGUAGUAAAAAUGCAGUAUUUUGUAUCCCCUGUCGAUUGUUUGGAGGUUCUACUAAACUUGCUACAGAAGGUUUAAUGGACUGGAGAAACGUUAUUAAGAUUGUAAAACAACAUGAAGUCUCUAAGGAACAUACUAACUGUCAAAUAGUAUUUUUACGUAGGAGCAAUAAUAUUGGGAGAAUAGAUAGUGAUCUCUGUAUUCAAAUAAAUAAUGAAAUAGAUUAUUGGAAAAAUGUGUUGAAACGGGUUAUUGCUGUCAUAAAAAAACUGGGAAGUUGUGGUCUUCCAUUUAGAGGUUCCGUGGAAAAAUUUGGAAGUCAAAAUAAUGGUAAUUUUAUGAUGUGUUUAGAAUUAAUAUCUGAAUUUGACCCUUUUCUAAGCAAUCAUAUAGUUCAACAUGGAAACCCGGGCAGUGGUCAUACAUCUUACCUUUCUUCUACAACAUGUGAUGAAAUAAUUACAUUAAUAACAACACAAGUUACUAAUGUAAUUAUAAAAGAAAUUAAAAGUGCAAAAUAUUUUUCGAUUGUGAUAGACUCAACUCCUGAUAUCAGCCACACAGAUCAGUUAGCAUACGUUAUUCGUUACGUUAGAGAUGACGGUUUUCCUGUCGAACGCUUUAUGUGUUUUUUACCAAAUAUUGGGCAUAAGUCUGAAACACUUGAAACGGCCGUAUUGUCUUUUUUAACUAAACAUGAUAUUGACAUAAACAACUGCAGGGGCCAGUCGUACGACAACGCCGCCAAUAUACGAUGGGAUAUUUUAAAGUCUAGCCUAACGCUCGGUAAAAAAGUUGUCAAAAGAGCAGAUGGAACUAGGUGGUCUGCUCGGCAUGAAGCUUGUGACAGCUUAUAUCAAAACUAUGACGGUAUUAUGAAAAAUUUAAGUUUAUUAGAAGAAGAUAAUUUUGAAAAGGCGACGACGCGUUGUGAGGCAGCUGGCUUAAGACGUCAACUUGACCGUUUUGAAACAGUUUUUAUGACUAGUGAAGAGUACGAGUUUGAUAAAGUAAGGACUAAAAAACGCAAACUUCAAGCAGACGAGACAAGAGAAAAUGAAGUUCAUAUGACUGAAAGUGAUAAGUUAAGAAUAGAAACAUAUUUUACCAUACUGGACCGAGUGAAGACUAAUAAGCUUCAAGAAUUGUAUAGCGAUGAUUUAGAAAAAUCAUUCGCUUGUGAAUGUGUUCAUUUUCGAGCAUAUCUUCAAAGUAUUAAUACAAAUAUUGAUGGAGUUAUCGAAUUAUCAAUACACUUACGUGGUAAUAAUUUAGAUACAGUUUUUCCUAACGUAGAUAUUGCUCUACGUAUGCUUUUAUGUAUGGCAAUAACUAAUUGUUCAGCCGAGAGGUCUUUUUCUACGUUAAAACGUGUAAAAAAUUAUUUGAGAGCAAGUAUGGAAGGAGAUAAACUAAAUUCAUUAAGUUUAUUGGCAAUUGAAACUGAACUAGUGAACAAAAUGGACUUCGAUGCCAUAAUAGAUGAUUUUGCGACUCAAAAGUCACGCAGAAAGCCGAUGAGCACUAGACAUUAA